AUGGAUGUAGCAGAAAGACAGCAGGAAAGAGGCCACAGAUAUAGAACAGUUCAGAGGAUACAGAGAUCCAACAGUAAAGGGGUACAGAGAUACAACAGUAAAGGGCUACAGAGACAGAAAGGUAAAGGGGUACAGAGAUACAACAGUAAAGGGCUACAGAGACAGAAAGGUAAAGGGGUACAGAGAUACAACAGUAAAGGGCUACAGAGACAGAAAGGUAAAGGGGUACAGAGAUACAACAGUAAAGGGCUACAGAGACAGAAAGGUAAAGGGGUACAGAGAUACAACAGUAAAGGGCUACAGAGACAGAAAGGUAAAGGGGUACAGAGAUACAACAGUAAAGGGCUACAGAGACAGAAAGGUAAAGGGGUACAGAGAUACAACAGUAAAGGGCUACAGAGACAGAAAGGUAAAGGGGUACAGAGAUACAACAGUAAAGGGCUACAGAGACAGAAAGGUAAAGGGGUACAGAGAUACAACAGUAAAGGGCUACAGAGACAGAAAGGUAAAGGGGUACAGAGAUACAACAGUAAAGGGCUACAGAGACAGAAAGGUAAAGGGGUACAGAGAUACAACAGUAAAGGGCUACAGAGACAGAAAGGUAAAGGGGUACAGAGAUACAACAGUAAAGGGCUACAGAGACAGAAAGGUAAAGGGGUACAGAGAUACAACAGUAAAGGGCUACAGAGACAGAAAGGUAAAGGGGUACAGAGAUACAACAGUAAAGGGCUACAGAGACAGAAAGGUAAAGGGGUACAGAGAUACAACAGUAAAGGGCUACAGAGACAGAAAGGUAAAGGGGUACAGAGAUACAACAGUAAAGGGCUACAGAGACAGAAAGGUAAAGGGGUACAGAGAUACAACAGUAAAGGGCUACAGAGACAGAAAGGUAAAGGGGUACAGAGAUACAACAGUAAAGGGCUACAGAGACAGAAAGGUAAAGGGGUACAGAGAUACAACAGUAAAGGGCUACAGAGACAGAAAGGUAAAGGGGUACAGAGAUACAACAGUAAAGGGCUACAGAGACAGAAAGGUAAAGGGGUACAGAGAUACAACAGUAAAGGGCUACAGAGACAGAAAGGUAAAGGGGUACAGAGAUACAACAGUAAAGGGCUACAGAGACAGAAAGGUAAAGGGGUACAGAGAUACAACAGUAAAGGGCUACAGAGACAGAAAGGUAAAGGGGUACAGAGAUACAACAGUAAAGGGCUACAGAGACAGAAAGGUAAAGGGGUACAGAGAUACAACAGUAAAGGGCUACAGAGACAGAAAGGUAAAGGGGUACAGAGAUACAACAGUAAAGGGCUACAGAGACAGAAAGGUAAAGGGGUACAGAGAUACAACAGUAAAGGGCUACAGAGACAGAAAGGUAAAGGGGUACAGAGAUACAACAGUAAAGGGCUACAGAGACAGAAAGGUAAAGGGGUACAGAGAUACAACAGUAAAGGGCUACAGAGACAGAAAGGUAAAGGGGUACAGAGAUACAACAGUAAAGGGCUACAGAGACAGAAAGGUAAAGGGGUACAGAGAUACAACAGUAAAGGGCUACAGAGACAGAAAGGUAAAGGGGUACAGAGAUACAACAGUAAAGGGCUACAGAGACAGAAAGGUAAAGGGGUACAGAGAUACAACAGUAAAGGGCUACAGAGACAGAAAGGUAAAGGGGUACAGAGAUACAACAGUAAAGGGCUACAGAGACAGAAAGGUAAAGGGGUACAGAGAUACAACAGUAAAGGGCUACAGAGACAGAAAGGUAAAGGGGUACAGAGAUACAACAGUAAAGGGGUACAGAGAUACAACAGUAAAGGGCUACAGAGACAGAAAGGUAAAGGGGUACAGAGAUACAACAGUAAAGGGCUACAGAGACAGAAAGGUGAAGGGGUACAGAGAUACAACAGUAAAGGGCCACAGAGACAGAAAGAUAAAGGGCAUACAGAGAUACUACAGUAAAGGGCCACAGAGACAGAAAUGUAAAGGGCAUACAGAGAUACUACAGUAAAGGGCCACAGAGACAGA